AUGUCGAGCUUCCGCAACUUGGAUGUGCAGCUCGCACAGUGCGAGGGCUUGCAGCAGGCCAUCCAGGUCGAGCUCGCCAACCGCGAAUACUCGUCCGAAGACGACCCUGUCAUGGCCGAAUACAUCGUCGUCAUGCUCGCCAACCAGAAGACCGCCGAGCAGAUCACGGCCGAGAUGAAAGAGCUCAUUGGGGACGAGUACGAUGGCGCAUUUACAGAGUGGAUCUGGAAGGCGACACGGAGCUUCCUCGAACAACAUGGCGCUGCGACUGACGCUGCGGAGGGCAGUACUUCUGCUGCCGCCGUUGCGUCCGGGUCGAUUUCCAACACCGGCGCUGCCGAAGAUUCAGCGCGCACGCGCAAUGCCCGUUUGAGGCGAAGCAGGUCCCCUCAGGCGUCUGGCUCGGCUUCUCGCGCUCGUGACAACAGGAGGAGCAGAUCUCCAGCGCAGUUGAAUGCUCGUCGCGGCGACCAGAGGCGGUCAAGAAGCAGAUCCCCACCUGCACCGGCAUCACAACGCCGAGAUCAUAGAAUGUCGAGAGACUACAGCAGCAACGAAGCGUGGAAGAACUCAUCCUCCACGCGGCGGGACGAACAAACCGCAUUCGACGGCGCGGCGUACUGGCGAAACAAGGCGGAGGAACGACGCAGGAAUCCACCACCGCGGGUGGGGGCUCCUCCCGGCGAACGGGCGUUUCAGAGUGCCUAUGAUCAAGCUGUGCGCAACUCUCUAGCCGACACAGCACCCAACGGAAAUGCGGGCAGGGAGCUGUUCCCGACUCCGAAUCGUAACGACGACCCCGAGCCGCCGACAUACGAACAAACAGGCGGCAUCAGCAUCUUUGGCCGCGCCGGCAUUCCGGAUCCACGAGCGGCAGAGUUUGUCCCUUCUUUCGCCGCUGUACAGCCAGCAGCAGAGCCCUCAAUUGUUGCGCCUGAAGCAGCUGCAAACGGUCAAUCGUCCAUCUUCUCGCGCAUCGACCCGAUGCUGCCGGACAACCAGCCUCCCCCCGCAGCAGCUCCAGAAUCCACCCAUUCGAGCGACUUCCCCACCGCGCCCACCGAAACCUCAAUCUGCCGCUGGAACCUCGGCUGCACCAAUCCCAUGUGUCCCUACUCGCACGCAUCGCCAUCCGCCGCAGGACCCAAUGGCGACCCCAACGCGCUCGUUCUCAGCCAGCAGAACUGCCGUUACGGUGCAGGCUGCACGAACAAGGACUGCACGCGGAGCCACGUCAGUCCUGCUGUGGCGCGCAUCCGACCACGAGCUGCUGCGCCGGUAUCUUUCGCUCCCGCUGUGGCGCCCGCACCGGUGGCACGACAAACACUGUCAAUGGACACGGCGCUCCCGAGCCAAUCUACGUCUCGACCGUGUCGAUUCGGCGCGGCAUGCACGCGGGGAGAUUGCUUCUUCUCCCACCCACCGUCGCGGUCCGGCCCUUCGAGCGGCGUUGCGUCGAGCACACCGUGCCGGUUCGGUCUGGGCUGCACUCGUGCGGAUUGCUACUUUUCCCAUCCCCCUGGUCAACGCGCCAUCGCACAGGGGGGGACGGUCAACAGACUCGCCGUGUUCGCGCAGAGCGACGAGCAGAUGGAAAUCAUCAUUCCCGGUAGCGCAGAGCGGGAGGGAAGCACGCCCGGCAUCACUACAUAA